UCCUCUGCUCUGCUCCCUCUCAGAACCCAGGUCUGGUGGACCAGUACGUCGGCACCCUGCUGAGUCUGGACCCCAGCCCCGUCACCCUGGCCAUGCUGGGCGUGUGUUUGGACUUCUGCACCGCGCAGAAAGAGAAAGCCACCAUCGAGAAACACAAGAGUGCCGUGUUGGACCUGUACAUCAAGUCGGUCCUCAUGAGUAAAACCAAGCCCCAGCAGCACAUCCUGGACCGAAGCAGCUCCUUCCUGCGUCACGUUUCUCACUCGGAGUUCAAAGACCUGCUGCUCCCGACUCUGCAGAAAACCAUGCUGAGGAGCCCUGAGAACGCCAUGCAGAGUGAGAACUCUCUACACUGCGUUCAGACUUACAACAAAGCAAAAAGAAACACACUGAGAACAACAAGAGAAGAGCAGGGAUAUUGGCUUUUAAAGGUCCC